UCCGCUUGCGCUCGCAGAUUUGGCAACUGCACGCAGUGACCGCCGGAUACCAUUGUACUUUCUACUCCAACGCUGGAAGACGUUGUAUGUGCGUGCUGACAAGAGACGGAAUAUAAAAUGUCUAUUGGAUUUCUUGGUGCCGGGCGCAUCGCACAGGCCAUGGCCAAAGGAUUCAUUGAAUCGGGCGUCGCCAGCGCGGCGAAGAUCAUGGCCAGCUGUCCUGUAGCCGACAAGCACCUCUUGGACGAGAUCAAGGCGCUGGGUUGCCAGACGACCCACAACAACCUGGACGUGGUAAACCAGUGUGACACUCUCGUGGUGGCGCUCAAGCCCAAUGUGGUGCCCGGCGUGCUGGAGCAAGUGGCGUCCGCAGUGCAAAAGCGACACCUAGUUGUCUCCCUGGCGAUGGGCGUCACGCUCAGCGACAUACAGCAGAGACUUCCCUCGGAGACGCGUGCUGUGCGCGUGAUGCCCAACACGCCGUGCCUGGUGCGCCAGGGCGCCAGCGUGUUCGCCCGCGGGAUCGCGGCCACAGCAGAAGAUGCGAGCCUGGUGUGCCGACUGCUGGCCAGCGUGGGCCACUGCGAGGAGGUGCCCGAGUCACUCAUGGACGUCGCCACGGGGCUGAGUGGCAGCGGACCGGCAUACGUAUUCGUCAUGAUCGAAGCUCUCGCCGACGGAGCCGUAAGACAAGGGAUGCCCAGAGAUCUUUCGUACAGACUAGCUGCCAACACUGUCAUGGGUGCUGCCAAGAUGGUGCUGUCGACGGGGAGGCAUCCCGGGGCGCUGAAAGACGACGUGAGCUCCCCUGCCGGCACCACUUGCGAAGGUCUAUGGGAGCUCGAGAAGGCCGGAUUCCGAGCAGCGCUCAUCGAGGCAGUCGCUGCGGCUACUGCAAGGGCCGCUAGAGGUCGCCACUGAAACCUUUUGAC